AGUCCCAAAAUGUCAGAUGGUACCCCCAAGUCCGUGUCGGAUCCAUCCCAAGACCCUGCGAAGACAGGCUACAAUCCCAACACGAAGUGGACAAAUUACUGGAACAUCCUCACAGGCCGCAUGACCUCUGAAGGUCAAAAUGCCUUCCGCGAAGACGCCUAUAUCCGAAAUGAAACUCGAGACUGUGCGCGCUGCGACGAGUGGCGAGAUUGGUGCUUUCAAUAUUCCCCUACGGUCAUAUUCAUGAGGAAGAACAUUAGUGCUUUGAACGGAGAUCUGAAUGCUACAAAUGUGCUGUGUAGACGGUGUCCGACAAGGAAGGAUGAAAACGGGAAUUGGGUUAGGCAGGGUGGCGGAUUCAGUCCAGACCAUGGAAUAUUAAUAUGUGCGAAUGAGAUGAGGGAUAGGAAACAUUUGGAGGAUACAUUGGCGCAUGAAAUGGUACAUGCGUGGGAUCAUUUGAGAUGGAAGGUUGAUUGGGCGGACUUGAGGCAUGCAGCGUGCACAGAGAUUCGAGCUUCGAGUCUAAGCGGCGAGUGUAGAUGGUCGAGAGAAUUCUGGACGAGGAAUAACUGGACUUUGACACAACAGCACCAGAAUUGUGUGCGAGCCAGAGCAGUGAAGUCAAUUAUGAAUAGACCGUCUUGUAAAGAUGAUGUCCAGGCUGUGAAGGUUGUUAAUGAGGUCUGGGAUUCGUGCUUCUCAGACACACGGCCCUUCGACGAAAUAUACAGAUAG